AGACGCGGCGGCGAGAGCGGCGGGGGCGGUCAGGCUGCGGGACCGGGCGGUUACCGGGUGCACAGAGCCAGGGGCCGGAGCGGGAGCACCGCCAACGCGGUCACGUGCGCGGCCCCACCUCUCCUGCGCGCCUCCCCCGUGCGCUGCUCUCCCCAUUCAUAAAUUCUCCGUCGGCUCCGCGGCCACCGAGCUCCAGAGCCAACCGGGAGAGCCGUGUAUCUGCCGCCCGCCCUCCCGCCGCCCAUGGGCCGCACGCCCCGGCGCUGAGCCUCAAAAUGCAGCCCACGGCCACCAUGGCCACAGCGGCCGCCACUACCGCCACUGUUGCCCUGACGACUUCGUGGGACAAUGCCACCAGCCGCCCCACGGCGGAGCCUGACCCCAUCUUGGACAACUAUGUGCUGCUGGUGGUGGUGAUGUCGCUGUUCGUUGGAGGCACGCUGGUGGUGCUGUCUGGCGUUCUUCUGCUCUGCAAACGCUGCUGGGAGGUGCACCAGCGCUUCAACAGGGCCAUGGAGGAAGCAGAGAAGACCACCACUACUUAUCUGGACAACGGCACCCACCCUAUACAAGACUGGGCGCAGUUCGAGUCCGACUCAUCUCUGUUUCCUUAACGCCCAGGCGUAGACCCCGACUGCAGGGGGGAAGACCCCGAGGGCCAGGACACCGAAACAGAGCGCUUCCUAGCCACCAGCUCCACCGGCCGCCGCGUGUCCUUCAACGAGGCUGCCCUGUUUGAACAGAGCCGCAAGGCUCAGGACAAGGGCCGCCGGUACACCCUGACAGAAGGGGAUUUCCAUCACCUCAAGAAUGCCCGCCUCACCCACCUCCACCUACCGCCCCUCAAAAUCGCUACUAUCCAUGAGUGUGAUUCGGGGGAGGCCAGUGCAGCGGCCACACCCCACCCAGCUACCACCUCCAAGGACAGCUUGGCUAUUUUCCAGCCCCCUGGGAAAACCCUCACCGGCCACUCAGUCGGCCCCAGCUCCGCCCUGCCAGGAGGUCCCUACAACUCCGUGGACUUCUCAGAGAUCAGCCCCUCAACCUCCAGUGACUCUGGGGAGGGCAUUUCGUUAGAUGCAGGUACCCGGGGUGCCAAGGCUGCUGGGCCUGAAACAGUGCCUGGGGAGAUGGGCACAGGCUCCUCCGGGUCGGGCACUGUUUUGCAAUUCUUCACUCGGCUACGCCGACAUGCCAGCCUGGAUGGAGCCAGCCCCUACUUCAAGGUCAAGAAAUGGAAGCUGGAGCCCAGCCAGAGAGCGUCCAGUCUGGACACGAGAGGUUCCCCUAAGAGGCACCACUUUCAGCGGCAGCGGGCAGCCAGUGAGAGCAUGGAGCAGGAGGGGGACGUCCCCCAUGCCGACUUCAUUCAGUACAUUGCCAGCGCAGGCGACUCGGUGGCCUUCCCACCCCCCCGCCCCUUUCUGGCCAGCCCCACCAGCCCGCCCCCCACUCUCGGCAGGGCAGGGCAAUGCCUGCAGGCUCUGACCACAUGGGCCUGGCCUUGCAGGCUAGAGGCAGCAGAGGCGGCGGGAGGAGCGAGCCCUGAGACUCCUCCGGAGCAUGGCAUCAGUUUGGGGCCCGAGCAUGCGCAGCAGCAGGACCCGCAGCAAGAGCAGGACGCCGAGCAUGCACAGUGCAGCUACCGUGACCUGUGGAGCCUUCGUGCUUCGCUCGAGCUCCAUGCAGCCACUGCAUCGGACCACAGCAGCAGCGGCAAUGACCGCGACUCAGUGCGCAGCGGCGAUAGCUCGGGCUCGGGUUCCGGAGGUGGAGGGGCAGCACCCGCCUUCCCACCCCCUCCGGAGUCUCCACCUGCUUUGAGGCCUAAGGACGGCGAAGCCCGCCGCCUGCUACAGAUGGACAGUGGCUAUGCGAGCAUCGAGGGGCGCGGAGCAGGCGACGAAGUUUCAGAACUUCCUGCUCCAGCCCGCAGUCCUCCCCGCAGCCCGCGAGCCUGGCCACGCAGGCCGCGCCGCGAUUACAGCAUCGACGAGAAGACGGACGCUCUUUUCCAUGAGUUCCUGCGCCAUGACCCUCAUUUUGACGAUGCACCGCGUCACCGCACACGUGCACAUCCUCACACUCAUGCGCGGAAGCAAUGGCAACAGAGAGGACGGCAGCACAGCGACCCCGGUGGUGCACGUGCAGCCACGCCCCCUGGAGUGGCCCGCCCUACACGUGCGCCAUUACGCCGUGGGGACAGCGUUGAUUGUCCUCCUGAAGGCCGUGCGCUGCCCAUCACGGGUGAUGACCCAUCCAUUCCUGUCAUCGAGGAGGAGCCUGGCGGUGGAGGCGGUGGUUGCCCAGGCUCUGGGUUGUGCGUUGAGCCCGCCGGGGCCCUGCUAGACAAGCUAGCAGCCAGCCUCGACGAGAGACUCUUCUCUCCCCGUCUUGCUGAGCCAGUUGCCUCAUCCCAGGUGCUGAUUGUCGCUGCUGCUGCCCCUACAUCCCCUGACCACAGCCCGGCCUAAGCUCUGUACUGGACCUGCCUCUCUGCUGCUUCUCCGGCAGCACAUGGGGCUGCUGUGGGAAUGGUGGCAACAGCGGGAGCAACCUGAGGUGGCCGUGCAUGGGUACACGGCCCCCAAAUCCCAAGUGUGCACAUAUAGUGUCCCCUGGGCACUUAGCGCAGUGGCCUCCGGAAGCAAGAGGCUCCAGGACCCAGGCUCAACUGCAGGGAGGAUGACGAGACUGGACUCUCCGGUCCAUAUAUGGUUGACCCCAGCACCCAGCCUCUGGCCACAGAUGCUGGUGGAGCAGGUUCUGAGGUGCAUGUGCAGCCUCCCUCCAGGAUCAGCUGACCCUCCACUCGUGAGCACUGGCAGGCAGUAACACUGCCUGCCACUGUGUGAGCGAACCUACUGGAGGUGAAGUGACUGUGGGGCACUGAGGAUCAGAGAGGAGCUCGCCGCCCCAUAUUCUGAGUUGAUUUACCCUGUCCAUGGUAUGCGCUCUACCUUUCCUCUCUGAGCAAUAACCGACCGCGCCUGCUCUCUGCAUGUGCACAGGCUCCCCGUCUCAUUCCUCCCCGAGAGCCUUGGGCUUUGGACACAACGGACAGAACAGCCCAGGUGGCAGCUUCAAGUUUCCCAAGCUUUAUUUAUUGCCAAAAGAUAGGGCAGACUCGCUGUGAGUGCCUGCCCACUCCCUGCCCUGCGCCCUCUGUGGUUGGUCGUGUUGUCUGGUUAAUCAUAAAUGUCUCUGCAUAUUUGUUUGCUCUGGGUUUUCUCUGCAGGCCACCCUGUGCCCCGCCUGCUCCAUAUUUCCAAACACCCUCAUAGCCAUAGCUCAAAUCCACCUGUUUUAUUAAAAAAAAAGAAACCAA